UACGCGCCUCUACACAGUCAAGACCCCAACGUAAGCCCGUUCAAACAUGGGUUCGAAGAAGAAGGACCGGAGCAGCAGAACACGGUCCCGGUCCAGAGACCGAGACCGAGACAGGGACAGGGGGAGAAACAGGAACAGAGGAGUCCGUUCACGGUCUCCGGAGGACAGACACGACCGAAACCGAUCUCCUGUGAAAAGCUCUGGAAGGAGAGUCCGAUCAGAGAGCUCGGACAGCGGGGCGCACAGCAGCGCCUCGGAGAGGAAACACAGACAAGCCGCUAAAGACAGAGACAGCUCUUCGUCUGAUGAACAUGGUAGGAAGAAACCCAAGAAGAGUCGUCGCAAGAAUGAAAAGCAAGAACAAAAGCGAAGCAGAAGCUCCUCACGUUCCAGCACUCGCUCCAGCAUGGAGAGGCGGAGAGUGAGGGAUGGCCACAGCAGCGAUAGGGAGAGGAGAAAAAGAUGGAGAAGCACAGAGCGUGAGAGUAGGAGCCCCAGCAGAGAGAGACGGAGGGAGCAAGACAGAGAGAGGAGGAGAAGCAGAAGCAGAAGCAGGGGGAGAGGGAGAAGGAGCGAGGAGAGGGACAGAAAGAGAGAUAGAAGCAGAGGGAGGGGUGAUAGGGACAGGAGCAGGGAGAGGAGGAGGAUGAGGUCACAGUCGGGGUCCUCAGUUUCAUCUGGCUCCUCGGCCUCCGAGCAGGAGGACAGAACAGGAGGACAGUCCUCCAUGUCCCUUAAAGAAGAGAAAAAUAAGCAGAAAGAGCUGAUGAAGGCCCUGGAGACGCCGGAGGAGAAGAGAGCCCGCCGGCUGGCCAAGAAAGAGGCGAAGGAGAGGAAGAAGAGAGAGAAGAUGGGGUGGAGUGAGGAAUAUAUGGGCUACACUAAUGCUGACAACCCGUUUGGAGAUAAUAACCUGUUGGGCACCUUCAAAUGGCAGAAGGCUCUUGAGAAGAAGGGAAUAGCGCAUUUGGGAGAGAAGGAGUUGAAGGAGAGAAACAAGUGCAUCCAAGAGGAGAACCGCAGGGAAUUGCAGAAGGUGAAGCAGUUACGUCUGGAGCGAGAGAGGGAGAAGGCCAUGCGUGAGCAGGAGUUGGAGAUGCUGCAAAGAGAGAAGGAAGCAGAGCAUUUUAAAACCUGGGCAGAGCAAGAGGACAACUUUCAUCUACACCAGGCCAAGCUCAGGUCUAAAAUCCGAAUCCGAGACGGCCGGGCCAAGCCCAUCGACCUGUUGGCCAAGUACAUCAGUGCUGAAGACGAUGACUUGGCUGUGGAAAUGCAUGAGCCGUACACCUUCCUCAAUGGACUCACCGUCACAGACAUGGACGACCUGCUGGAGGACAUCAAGGUGUAUAUGGAGUUGGAACAGGGGAAGAAUGUGGAUUUCUGGAGGGACAUGACCACCAUCACGGAGGACGAGAUAAACAAACUUCGCAAGCUGGAAGCAUCGGGGAAAGGGCCAGGUGAUCGUCGUGAGGGCAUCAACACGUCGGUGAGUACGGACGUGCAGUCAGUGUUUAAAGGGAAGACGUACAGCCAGCUGCAGGCACUGCACAUGAACAUUGAAAGUAAGAUCCAGGCCGGCGGUUCAAACCUGGACAUUGGCUACUGGGAGAGCCUGCUGCAGCAGGUGCGGGUCUACAUGGCCCGGGCCAGGCUGAGGGAGAGGCAUCAGGAUGUGUUGAGGCAGAAGCUGUAUAAGCUGAAGCAGGAGCAGGGAGUGGAGAGUGAACCUCUUUUCCCAAUUAUUAAAGAGGAGCCCGAGAACGAGCAGCCAGUUACACAAGAGGCGGAGCCUGCAGAACAGGAGGCAGGGCCCUCUACCAGCUCUUCCUCGGGAGCAGCCACAGAAAAGAAAAACGUAGAAAGUGAAGAGGAGGAGGAGAAAGAAGGAGAUGAAGAUGCAGAGCCGAGUGCCUCUUCUCCUCGUGGAGUGUCUAAGAAAAAGGGAGGAGAAGGGGAGGAUGAGGAAGAGGAGGAGGGAGAGAAGAGCGGAACAGUGGAGGCGGUGCUGACAGAGGAGGAUCUAAUCCAACAGAGUCAGGCUGAGUACGACUCUGGUCGCUACAGCCCCGUCCUGCUGCAGCCCUCAGAUCUCCCGCUGGACACUCACACCAUCGAUGCUGAGGAGGAUCUGCAGCGCCUCCACCUCGCCCGCAGACAGCUGCAGGUCACGGGUGAUGCUAGCGAAAGUGCAGAGGACGCCUUUGUGCGGCGCGCCAAAGAGGGCAUGGGAGGUGAUGAGGCUCAGUUCAGCGUGGAGCUCCCUCUAACGGGGAAGAUGUACUUGUGGGCUGAUAAAUAUCGCCCACGCAAGCCUCGCUUCUUCAACCGUGUGCACACAGGCUUCGAGUGGAACAAAUACAACCAGACACAUUAUGACUUCGACAACCCGCCGCCCAAGAUUGUGCAGGGCUACAAGUUUAACAUCUUCUACCCGGACCUGAUCGACAAGCGCUCCACACCGCAGUACUUCCUGGAGCCCAGCCCUGACAACAAGGACUUCGGCAUUCUGCGCUUCCAUGCCGGGCCGCCCUACGAGGAUAUCGCCUUUAAAAUCGUGAAUCGUGAGUGGGAGUAUUCACAUCGUCACGGUUUCCGCUGCCAGUUUGCUAACGGAAUCUUCCAGCUGUGGUUCCACUUUAAGCGGUAUCGAUACAGGAGAUAAAUGCUGGAACUGUGGCUAAACAUUAUCAUCUGUACUUCUAAAAAUAAAGGUGCCAAAUGGCUUCCCUGGAGCUGUAGAAGAAUCACUUUUGCUUCCCUAAAGAACCUUUCAAUCAUGUUCUUAUGAAAAAUGGGGGGGGGCCUAAAGACUGGUUUGGGAACCAAAAGUGUUUCUUCUAUGGCAUUGACUCAAAGAACUCAUUUGGGCACCCGUAUUUUUAAGAGCUAAGUGGACAAAUUUGGUUCAUCCGGGCAAACUGAUCUGUGUGUUGUCUGACAGGGCAGUAUUUUUGAAUUUGCAGAGUUUCAGAGGUGACUUUCUGGCAGUGUUUUCUCUGUCCUAAACGUUUUGUUGUUUGAUCCAACUAAGAAGCUAAUUAAGAAGCCCUUUCUGAGUUGAAAUGAAUGUCUCUGAGCAGAAGAAAGAUCUAAGGCCCCAUUUAUACUUGGCAUUAACAUGCAUUCUGUGAUCUGAUCAUAAGUGGACACCACUUAAAACAGGUAUGAAUGGGCUCUAAUACAUCAUUUAGACCACCUUCGGAAGUGGUCAGGGAUGCAUAUGACCACGUGACAUUUGUUAUAUGAAGGAUAAAGUGCCCCAACGAACUGCAAACAAAAGCAGCUGCAUAUAGCUUGAUUUUUGCUCGUCUGCUGUUUGUUCAGUUGCAUAAACAGUGCAUGCAAUCUAAAGAUUUACACGUUUACACGAAUACGGACUCCGUUUUUUUUCUUUUUUUUUUCUUUUUCUUUACCAAGUACCAAGAGACUGAUGUAGUAUUGUGUGCGAGACCUUCCUCCAGCCAUGAUAUCUGAUCAUAAGUGACCACUGGAGACACUUCAAGACGAGUAAAUGGCUACAUGCAUACUUGCUGUUCACUCACGAUCAGAUCACUCAAGAUGGAUGUUAUCAGGUUUGAACAGGGCCUAAUAUACGCAGGGCAGGGCUACUGCAGGACCAGGGUUGGAAACCACUGCUCUAUGGAUGAAAAAUGUCUGUAAAUCAUUAACACUGCCAGAGUAAGAGAUCAGUUAUUGAGUGUACAGUCCAGAGGGUCCCCAUGCAAACCUCCAUGAAGAGGUGAAAGUGAUUUGCAUGGGAUGAACAGAAAAAAAUAAAUUUCUGUAUAUCUUUGUUGAUCAGCAGACUUGCAGCCACCUCUGUGCUUUGUAUAUUCCUGUUAGCUGUUAGAUUGUUUUAUUCUCCUCCUUACUCUACUCCAGUGCUGAUCUUUUUAUUAGUUUGAAUUAAAGUGUAAUUUCUUAAACCUU